AUGCCCGACUCACUGGAAACAGCCGCUCUCAACGGAUCAUUAUUCACCUUUGAUCCAUCACCCUCAUCGCCUUCACGAUCUGCCUCAUCCAUAUCACCUGAUAAUACAGACGACGAACUAGGAUCCGACUAUGAUGAACCAUCAAAUCUGAUAGGCGGUAAGCGAGGUGAUACAUCAGGAAGGGGUGUACCAGACAUCGAAAAUGGUAAUAGAACGGUGGUUGAACAUGAUGGACCCCAAACAGGUCCGAAAGGAGUGAUAGAAGAUCGUAAAGCACAUAAUUCACACAGUAGACAAAUCAAAGAAAGACAGAAUGCAGAAAGAGUAUCCGAAUUGAACAGAAGAGCUAUUGUUGGUUUGACGAUUCAUGAAGAAGACCAAUUGCGGAAAAGGGAACAAGCGGGACAAGAUGAUGUGGAAGUGGAAGAAUGGAGAAGGAAAAGAAAGGAUCAACUGCGCUAUCAAGAUAGGACUGGAUAUGACCAUGAUGAAGGCGGGAAUGAAGAUGAGAAGUAUCGGCAAUAUGGAAGGAGAGAAAGUGUCAAAAGAGGUGGACUGAAAGAAGUUGGUAAAGAAGGUUUUAUAGAUGCAGUUGAAAGAAAUGGUUGGGUGGUAGUCUUGAUCUAUGAACCUGAUAUACCACGAUGUACAUCCCUCCUCGCAUCCCUCUUACACCUCUCCCUGAAUCUGCCUUCACACUUGUCAACACCUAUCAGCCUAUAUCGCGCACGAGCCUCCUCACUUGAAUUCUCGCUUUUACCUCCAACAUCUUCAUAUACAACCCGAUAUGAAGAUGAAGAACCGGUCGGCGUACCUGAUCCAGACGUUCUACCUACUUUGUUGGUAUAUAAAAACGGUGAAUUAGAGAAAACCUGGGUCAGAGUCGAUUGGGAGAUAGACCAAUCUGGUGUAGAAGGCUUAUUGAGGAAGGAAGGGAUACUCUCGCCCGUUAAUCAGAUGGGCAUGAACAGGAAGGAUUUAUUAGACGAGGAUGAUAAGAAUUGA